UUCCGGAAGUGGGGCGGUAGCGACAGCCGGGGGCUGGGAUGAGGGGAUGGGCCCUGCGAGCCUGGCGGGGAGGGUGGCGCCGGGGGCAGGCCACGGUAGCCGGCGAGGCUCAGCAGCGAGAGAAGCCCCCCUGGAGGGUCCUGUUCUUUGGCACCGACGCCUUCGCUGCCCAGACCCUCGGAGCGCUCCAUGCAGCCCGAGAUCCUGGACCAAGGCUGCUCGUAGACCACCUGGAGGUGGUGACCCUGCCGUCCCAGCUGCCUGCAGGUCUCCCAGUUAAGAACUAUGCAGAUCAGCUCCAGCUCCCUGUCCACCUUUGGCCAGAUGUCGGGUCCUGCGAGCACUUUGAUGUUGGAGUGGUGGCAUCAUUUGGGCACCUGCUCAGUGAGGACCUCAUCCUGAAGUUCCCAUAUGGCGUGCUGAAUGUCCAUCCCAGCUAUCUCCCGAGAUGGCGUGGCCCUGCACCCAUAGUCCACACGGUGCUCAACGGAGAUGCAGUUGCUGGGGUGACGAUUAUGCAGAUUAGGCCUAAAAGGUUUGAUGUAGGUCCCAUUGUUCAGCAGGAACGACUUGAUGUCCCAGCCAGUUGCUCAUCGAAGGAGCUGGAGUCUUUGUUAUCCAAACUGGGUGCAAACCUGCUCAUUGCUGUCCUGCAAAACUUACCUGAAUGUUUACGGAACAAGAGAGAACAACCAAAGGAAGGAGUGACGUUCGCUCCAAAAGUCACUGUUGCAAUGAGCUGCAUCCAGUGGGAAGAACAAACCCCUGAGCAGAUACUACGGAUGCAUCGUGCCUUGGGAGUAACGAUGCCUCUGCAAACACUCUGGAUGGGUACCACAGUAAAGCUCUUGGAUUUUGUGGAAGUGGAGACUGUACCUGAUCUCACUGAUAGGUUAGUAACUGAAAACAGGACCAUCCCAGGAUCUGUGUCCUAUCAUAAGCAGUCACAGAUGUUGGUGAUCCGCUGCAAGGUUUGUCUCAUAAAGGUGGUGGUCUGGAAUCAAGAAGAGAAAAAUAUUUCUGUGGCCCACAUUCCUAGUUUUGUGACACAGAGAUCAUCUGUAAACCUAAAGGACACCCUGGAAAGCCAAGAUGAUCUCCAUGAAAAGGAAGUGAUCUCCAUGAAUGAAAACAUGGGUUGCUUGCCAGGAUGAACACCCAGACAGACUGGUGGGCACCCAAAGUGGGCAGAGUGGCACCCGCCCAACUGCCCAGCAGGGAGAGGGGCCAACUAAGCUCUGAUCUUAUUUUAUUAUGACAACACAAGUCACAAAGAAGCUCUACUCCAUAAUGGGAUCUCCUGUUGCCAGCUGCCCGAGCAGAAUUGUGCUGGAGAAGUGGGAUAUAAAUACUCUACAUCAACCCGGAUUGGUGGCAGCAGAGCACAGGGAACCUUGUGAGGGGACCUCAAGUGCGGCGUCAGAAGGAGGCAUGGAUCAGGGCAUGACCCUAAGCAAGACAUGAUCCAUGUGGACCUUACUGGUACUGGGAGGUCCUCUGGGGCAGAGAGGGGGCAUUGGCACUACCAGCAUGGCCAUUGCCCUGGAUGACGAUGGUGAGAUCUCUGAGUCGACCAAGAUCUCACAAAGUUGCCCCGGUUGGUUGGAGGUGUUUAAAGAACCUGUUCGCUGGAGGUGUUUAAAGCACCACUAAGCAGACAAGCACAGACAGCGUCUCCCACCGUGGCUUUAAUUGGCAGAUGAUGUGCAAACAGGAGCACGCUCAGCUUCUGGUUUUGGAUAGGAGGCUUUGCCCCUCAUUCCUGGUGAUACUGAGUAUGCUGGAUAUAGUGUAAGGUCCCCAGCUCUGCUUAUUGCCUCCUCCAAACUUCCAAAGAGAAUUAUGGGGCACAUUUUGGCCCAUUAUCCAUAAUAAGGUGCCUUCAGUGUAAGGCCCACGUUUACACCCAGCCCUGAGAAUUGCCCCAAGGCCCACGCCCCAUGUAACUCCUCUCAGUCUACCAGCAAAGGCUCUUCACUGAUGUUUCCCGCCUGCUACCCAUAAGUGAAUUAAGCCAGGAACAGCCCCUUUGGCAAUGAAUACACAGACAGCUGUAGAGCAAAUAAAGAAAUAAAUAUUAUUCACAUUUCAAGUACACCUUUUUCCAGUUAAAGCUUAAUAGGAAGGAAUCGCUUUAUUCCUUUUUAUUGGUUAUGGUUUGCUAACUGGGCUGGCAAAGAAGCUGUUAUCAGAAGAGUUUAUGUACAGUCCUUUAACACUGGAUGUUCCCGGCUAACCUUUUACAGUAUGUAACCCUGUGCAGAAAUACAAGCUCAUCGUUACUGUGGAUAGUUUUCAACUUUAUUUGGUCGACAGCUCAUCUAUCUGAAUGCAAUCUGUUUCAAAAAGGCAACCUCGAUGCCUGGGCUGCUUUAAAACGGUUAUUUCCCGAGGGGCUUUCCCAUUGGCACCUAAGCUAGAUCUUCGCACAUGGGCAGAGGUCAACUCAACUGCAGAUAGGUGCUUGCUCUGCAGGUCACUCAGAAGUCACAGCCUUUAGCAACCAGCCAGGCCCAGAUUUCAGGUGCCAUUGACUGUGGGAUGACUAGUCUUUUUACUCCUGCUUUGAGAGAGGGCAUGCCCUCAGCUGCUGCCUGUGGGCUCCCAGCGUCAUCUGGUGGGCCACUGUGGGAAACAGGAUGCUGGGCUAGAUGGGCCUUCUUGGGCCUGAUCCAGCAGGGCUGUUCUGAUGGAAUACAGCUAACCAAAUUCUGGCUAUUUACAACAGUACACGGGACAUUUGGUGUGGCUGGUAUCAUCUGGGUGGACAAAUGCACACUGUGAUUCCUGACACGGUCUACACUCCAAGGAUGGAAAAUAGGUUGAUAGCGCUGCAAUUCUUUCAGCUUUCAGUGUGUUGUCAUGCUCUUGCUGUCCCAAGCAUCAGGCCUGCAGCAGCCAGAUUUGCAAUGGUGCUUCAGAAGCUUUAAAAAGUUUUAAAACAAACAAAAACUACUAUGAAGUUUUAUUGAUGUUAUUUCGAGGAAUGAAAGUGACAAAGGGCAGACAUGUCCUUCAAAGAGGACUCCAUGGAGAGAGGACAACAUUUUGUGCAAUUUUACCCUAACAGUAUGGAUAUACCAAUCAAUUUUGUAGAUUGUGAACCCUUUGGGGACAGGUAACCAUCUUAUUUGUGUAUUUUCCUAUGUAAACCACUUUGAGAACCUU